AUGGGAAAUACACACAGUAAUAGCAACGGGAAGGGAUCCAGUUCAAACAGUCCUUCAAAGACCAAAGGAAAUGGUGGCGGUGCUAACGAACAGUCGAAACAGCCGAACGGUGGCAAUGGUGCUGCACCUGGCGCAACGGCACGCGGCAUGACACGUACUGCGAGCGGUGCAGACAUACAGGACCGUGCCCAGACACAGUUCCAACCAGUCGAUAAGCUUGGUCGUAUUUUGGCGAAAAAGUGUGAAGAACAGCACGGAAUUCACGGUGUUACGGGAGAUAUAUUUUCGCGUUACGUGUUUCCAAAGUAUCCCGAUCUUGGACUGAAACUAUUUCGCUACCUACGCUUUAUGAGCCACGCUAAAACGGAACACCUGGGUUUGGUUGCUUUCCGGCAGCAGUGUGAACGAUUUCUUGCCCUGCUCGAUGAUUCGAUUAUUUUGGAAAACUAUGUGCGCAUGUUUGGUGAUCUGAACGAGAGUGAGCUGAUAAAGCCGGAAAAUUUGAAAAAUCUGUUACGCACCUGCUACAAUCUCGCGAUGGCGCACUAUUCGGAUGGACCACAGUCUUGUCGGUUGAUAGAAGAUGAUGAAUUAUCGCUUAAUCGAACGCUCGAUUCCGUUGUGCAGUCGUGUUUCUUCUCCAAGGAAUCACUCAGUCCGGGCUAUAUUUGCCGCUGGCUGGAAAACAAUGUACCUCGGCUGGUACCGCCUAUUCACAAGUACUGUGUGCACGCCCUCAGCACCUCCCAUCGGACAAUCAUCGACAACAGUAUGGUGAGCAACAGUGAAACGGUCGUGUCGAUCAGUGCCAUUAACGCGGGCGAAGCAAGCUACGGACUGGAGCUGCAAACUCCCAUUCUCGAGAAAACGAAUCCAUUCGGAAAGGAUCUGGCUGGAGGUGGGGGAGGCUCUGGUGGCGGUAUAGGUGGGGCAAGUAUGUCACGUGAACCGGGCAAACCGCUUACGGUGGAAGAACGUGAGCGCUUGAAAAAUCAGCAACCGCUACUACCGCUUUCGGAGGCUUGGCUGUUGGCGGGAUCGCUUCCACCCCUGUACAGCAAACCGCAAUCCGUGCCGGCCCCGAUUAAUCCAAAUUCGGCCAACUUAACUUCGCAUAUUUUUUUGGCGAAACUUUUGUCGCUCGUACCCUCCCACUGGACGUCUCUGUACGAUUCGAGACUGGAUGGUGCGGGCACAAAUAGAUUUUUGCAUCACGUCCUUGGCUACCGUGGACCGAACCUGAUCCUGUUCCGUUGCGAGGAUGAUCUGUUGUUUUGUGUGGCGAAUCCGAACGAAUGGCGCGAAACGCAUUUGUACAUCGGUGACGAAGGAAGCUGCUGUUUACAGUUGCUGCCAAAAUUUCAAAUGCUGGAAAAGAAACCGAAAAGCCUCUACCUGAAUACGCACAUUCGGGGCUAUCCGAAGGGCCUUCGUGCUGGUUCCGAUCCGCGCAAACCGAUCCUGAUCGCGGACGAGCACUUCGAGCGUCUUGAAUAUCGUUCGCUGCAGCACAAAAUCCUUUCGAUUGAGGUGUGGGGAUGCGGCAAUCAGCAGCAACGUGACGUUCAGCUGGAUAUUAAGAAGUGGCAGGUGAAGGAAGCGGAACGGCAGCGAACGGUCAAGAUGACGGCUGCCGACUGGAUGGAUCAUCCCGAUCGCUACCUGCUUGAGCUAGGUGGACGACAAAAUUAUAACAACUCAUCCACGUAA